CUCUUCCCUAUCGAGAACCCUGAACUUGUGGGUUUGGCUUGUGUGGAUGGAUGUUAUUCAGUCGCGAGCGUCAGAGACGGUUGAGCUCCACAGCCCACCUCACCUGAACAUCAACCUUUCCUUCAGGAAAAAAUAUUGAUUGAAAAAAGGAAAGAGAAGAACAUGUACUUGUUUAUUGUAUGUCAGUUUAUAAAUGUAGCUACAUAACAUUUCUAAAGAUUUCAGUUGAACUGAUGUAUCCUGAUGCGCACGACGUAUCAUUGGAGACGGCAAGGUGAAAACGCUGCCUGGGAAUCGGUCAUCAAACCUAAGGGCAGCAUGGUCUUUCUCUAAAAUCUGACAUGGCCAUGUGUUAAAUGGAUUCCCUCAGUUUAAUCAAUGGCUCCUCUGGGAGCAAAGAGCUGGCCAUCGGGGAGGAUUCAUCUGACGUGACUCUGAAUCAUCCGCUGUUAGAGCUGGGAGACAGCACCAAGCUUCUUGGGGUGCAGGUGAUCCUGAUCUUGGCAUACUCUACCAUCAUCCUUUUGGGUGUUGUGGGGAACUCCCUGGUGAUAUAUGUGGUUUACAAAUUUAAGACACUCCGUACCGUCACCAACUUCUUCAUUGCAAACCUAGCAGUAGCUGAUCUGCUCGUCAACACGUUGUGUCUCCCGUUCACGCUGGCUUACACUCUUCUCAAGGAAUGGAAGUUUGGACAAGUGCUUUGUUUCACUCUGCCAUACGCUCAAGGUCUCGCCGUCCACGUCUCUACUAUUACAUUAAACGUAAUUGCAUUGGAUCGACACAGAUGCAUCGUUUAUCACCUAGACACUCGAAUGACAAAGGACACCUGCUUUCUGGUCAUUGCCAUCACCUGGGUGGUAAGUGCCGUUCUGGCAAGCCCACUGGCCAUAUUCAGGGAGUAUGGCAUUGUAGAUCUUUCUCCAGAUAACUCCAUUGAGGUUUGUGGAGAGAAGUGGCCUGACAGUAGUACAGACAGCACUCUAUACUCAAUCUCCACGCUGCUGCUGCAAUAUGUGUUGCCUCUGGCAAUCAUCUCUUUUGCCUACAUCCGUAUCUGGAGUAAACUCCGCAAUCACGUCAGUCCAGUUGGUCGCAAUGACAGGCAUCAGCGCCGCCGCAAUACCACCAAGAUGUUGGUUAACAUGGUCGUGGUGUUUGCGGUCAGCUGGUUGCCUUUCCACGCCUUCCAGCUCGCCAUUGACAUUGACCACAGCGUGUUAGACAUGAAGGACUUCAGGCUUCUUUACACUGUUUUCCACAUUGUGGCCAUGUGCUCAACGUUUGCCAAUCCACUGCUGUAUGGUUGGAUGAACCGGAACUACCGCAGCGCCUUUGUUGCAGUCUUCAGUUGCAAGGAACGGCUUGAUUCAUUGCACACCGAAGGCCAGGCUGCCACAGCGGUUCGCAGCAAACCCAAAAAGGCUUUAGAAGCCCAAGAUAUAGUGACGACACAUCUCAAUGCAACAGAUGUCUGAGGUGAUCUACUGUAUCUAUAUAUCUGUCUGUCUGUCUGUCUAUCUGUCAAAAUCUAAAUGGCCCUUCUCUGGGUUUUUAUGAUUUAGGUGAGGAUACUGAAAGGAUUCCUAAUGCCAGUUAGAAACUAUGAAGGAUUAAUCAUAGCAGGAACUUCAUAGUAAUUUGUGUGGUAUCCAAAUUUAAGACACUUCUUACCAUCACAGAUUUGCUUGUCAGAUCUCUUGUCAGAUCUCAGAUCUGCUUGUCAACAGGAUGUCUCCCA